GAGAUGAUAGAAAAGGUGGCUGGAAGGAGAUGCCAUGGAAUGGACCCUAUAUAGUACAUAGAGUAAUAAAUAAUAGUUGUUGUAUUUUACAAACAUUGAAAGGAGAAAUAUUGAAAAAAAAACAAAACAUGAAAAAUUUGAAAAUAUAUUAUGAAAAAAAAAUGUGAUGUAAAUAAGAGUGAGGAAGAAACAAAUGUGAAUGACAGCUAUAAUAGUGAUAGUGACGUUUGUUUUGUUAGUGAAACUGUUAGCUGUAAUUUCUUUUUCCCAAUUGACAGGCAGUGGCAGGAGACAAAAUGCAUAGAACUCAAUAUUAAUUUCGAAAAUCCUCUUACUUGUAUGAAUUUCCCCGUAAAAAGUUUAUUAGCGGAACCUUUAGGUAUCAAACCAAUCGUAGGGGAUGGAAAUUGCUGGUUCCGUUCCAUCUCUUACAUUAUUACAGGUAGUGAAGAGCACCACACCAUAGUCAGAAAAAAAUUAGUGCACUUCAUGCGUUCCGAACCCAUGUGUAAACGCAUAAGAAAUGCUUUUCCCCCUGAUGACAUUAAACAUGAUAUGGAUAGGAAUGGUGUUUGGGCGACCGACAUUGAAAUAUUCGCAACUGCAGAAAUGCUGGACACAGAUAUAUUUAUUUACUCAAAAAUUUCAAAUGAUAAGAAAAUAUGGCAAACGUUUUCGAAGACAUUUAUUUCAAAAGAGGGAAAUACUGAAGCAGAUGAUUUCAAUAAAUCUGUGUAUAUCACAAAUGAAAGUGGAGUUCAUUUUGAGGUUGUGCUCUCUGUGAAGAAAUAAUAUUGAUAUGUAAUUUAAUAAACAAAUAUUAUAGGUUCAGCUCAGGUUAAGAUCAAGUGAUCUUGUAGUGAAACAUGAAAUUACUUAGGAUA